GGGAGUUCGCGCCGGAAAGGGUCCGCCGCCGCCGCCGCCGCCUUGGUUCGAAGGGUCUUCUCCGUGGCGCGAGGCCGAGUGACGUCGCGGAGGGAGGGAAGGAGGGGGUGCCUUCCUUCCUUCCUUCGCCCAGCUGGUUUGCGGAAGGGCCUCCGGGGAAGCAGGGAUCCUGGAGCCCUCGGGGGAGGAGCCCCCCUCUUCCCCCGAGAGGCACGGCGUCUCUGCGGGCAGUAAAAGGAUGCUAAUGGGAGAACCAUUCUUCUGAAAUUCAGGCUGGCUGGCUGGCAGGCUGCCAUUAUGGAUGAGCAGCAAGCUUUGAAUUCAAUCAUGCAGGAUUUAGCUGUCCUUCAUAGGGCAAGUCGUCCUGCAUUGCCUCUACAAGAAACAGGAAAAGCGAAAUCAUCUUCGCCAAAAAAACAGAAUGAUAUUCGUGUCAAAUUUGAACAUCGAGGCGAAAAAAGAAUUUUGCAGUUUUCCAGACCUGUCAAGUUAGAAGAUCUUGCUUCAAAAGCUAAAGUGGCCUUUGGACAGCCCAUGAAUUUGCAUUACAGCAAUAAUGAGUUGGUAAUCCCGUUAACUACACAGGAUGAUUUGGACAAAGCUGUAGAGCUCCUUGAUCGAAGCAUUCACAUGAAGAGCCUCAAGAUUUUGCUUGUUGCCCAUGGAAACACACAGAGUAACUUGGAGCCUCUGCCAUCACUGGAAGAUUUGGAUAAUACGGUUUUCAGAGUGACGGAAAGGAAAAACAGGCUUUCUGUGAUAGGUUAUUAUACGCGGGACAGAAGCUCUCCUCCUCCAGGAUACAUUCCUGAUGAGCUUCACCAGGUGGCACGGAAUGGAUCAUUCACGAGUAUCAACAGUGAAGGCGAGUUCAUUCCAGAAAGCAUGGAUCAAAUGUUGGAUCCAUUAUCACUGAGUAGUCCCGAAAACUCAGGCUCAGGAAGCUGUCCUUCACUCGACAGCCCUUUAGAUGGAGACAACUACCCCAAGUCCCGAAUGCCAAGAGCACAGAGCUAUCCUGAUAAUCACCAGGAGUUUUCUGAUUAUGACCUCCCAAUAUUUGAGAAAUUUGGAAAAGGUGGAACUUACCCUCGAAGAUAUCAUAUUUCUUACCACCAUCAAGACUACAGUGAUGGUCGUAAAACUUUCCCGAGGGCUAGAAGGACACAGGGAAACAGCUUACGCUCUCCAGUUAGCUUCAGCCCAACUGAUCACUCCUUGAGCACUAGCAGUGGGAGCAGCAUUUUCACUCCAGAAUAUGAAGAUGGAAGGAUGCGGAGAAGAGGAAGUGACAUAGACAAUCCUACUUUGACAGUAAUGGAUAUCAGCCCACCUAGCCGCUCCCCACGAGCUCCAACUAACUGGAGACUUGGUAAACUGCUGGGCCAGGGUGCAUUUGGUAGAGUUUAUCUGUGUUACGAUGCGGACACAGGACGAGAGCUAGCUGUUAAACAAGUUCAGUUUGAUCCUGACAGCCCAGAAACCAGUAAGGAGGUAAAUGCUCUUGAAUGUGAGAUCCAGCUGCUGAAAAACCUGCUACAUGAGAGAAUUGUCCAGUACUAUGGUUGCCUGAGGGAUCCACCUGAAAGAACACUCUCUAUAUUCAUGGAAUAUAUGCCAGGGGGCUCAAUAAAAGAUCAGUUGAAGGCAUAUGGUGCGCUCACAGAAAAUGUGACUCGGAAGUACACCCGGCAGAUUUUGGAAGGAGUUCACUAUUUGCACAGUAAUAUGAUUGUACACAGAGACAUUAAAGGAGCAAAUAUUCUCCGGGACUCUGCCGGCAAUGUAAAGUUGGGUGAUUUUGGUGCCAGCAAGCGGCUUCAGACAAUUUGCCUGUCUGGUACAGGAAUGAAAUCUGCCACAGGAACUCCAUACUGGAUGAGUCCAGAAGUUAUUAGCGGAGAAGGCUAUGGGAGAAAAGCCGAUAUCUGGAGCGUAGGCUGUACAGUGGUUGAAAUGCUCACAGAGAAACCGCCUUGGGCAGAAUUUGAAGCAAUGGCUGCCAUUUUUAAAAUUGCCACACAGCCAACCAAUCCCCAGCUGCCACCUCAUGUCUCAGACCACGGGCGGGAUUUUCUAAAGCGGAUAUUUACUGAGGCUAAAUUGCGACCAUCUGCAGAGGAACUGCUAAGACACACGUUUGCACAUUAUCACUGAUGGCCUGCCUCAACCCAUUUCUCACCUACUGCAUUUAUUUUCUGACUGCACUUUUUUCUUUUUUUACACAACGCUGAGAAAAGACAAGAGAGAAGUUAUUUCUCUUGAUUCUUGUUUUCCUAUAGAUUGUUAAUAAUCUCUCUGCAUAUUUAGAAUGCAGAAUGUUUCCCAUUUAGGAUUAGAAUCUUUUUGUUUCAAUAAUGUACUGAUGUGGUUCGCAUAAAGCACUUUAGUACAUAUUCAUUCCUUAUUUGAGGGGGUAAAGGCAACUUAUUUGAACCAUCAAGAAUUGUGUGUAAGGUUUUUUUCCCCUAGCACUGCUGACUUACUCAGGAUGCAGGGGAAACGUACAUGUUGCUAGCAGAUGUAGAAAAAGAAAAUGUGUUCAAUUGUGCUUUGUAAUGUGUAGAUAGGGGUCUUGGCUGUGUUUCAGAUUUGAAAACGAGUCUAAUCCACAGUAUUGGAAACAGAGUCAGAAGCUGAAAAACCAGACUGCUAAGCUAGCUGAAUUCUGGAAACGAAACCAUCUGACUAGCACAUCAACUGCAACCAAACGAAGGUAUUUAUAGUUGUAAAAGAAUAAACACAUGGACCCCCUAGCUAAGUAGUUUUAAGGAUCAUGGAUGGAGAAGUCAAGUAGUUCUGGUGCAUGAAUGUCCUAGGUCAGAAAUUGUAGAUAAACAGAUUAUUGUCGAUCCUUACUCUUCUAGAGUUAAAUAAUAGUUUACACAUACCAUACAACAAGCUAGUUUGUUAGUUUGGUUAAGAUCUCUGGGUCUGGAGGGGCUUUAGUGGUUAGGGCAAAGACUGUCUUCAUUAAGAAUUCCUUGUCUUUUAUAGUGUCCUAGUUGCCCUGCUUGUUGCCUAAACUAUUUCAUGAGACCCAUUUUUUCUUUCUUAUUAACACACUUGCAUUAAAAACGUUUUUUUAGAGUGUCUAGACUAGAUUGCAAAGCAGUGUCUAAAAUAAGCUGUUAUCACUUCUCAUGAAACUGAACAGAGUCCCGUGUCUAAGGUGGGCAUUUGACUUGCUAGUCAAACAGCAUUUGCAAGAUUUGUGUAACUUGAAUCAUAGUAAGCAUGCAGAAUUGGGUUUUCCAUAUUGUGGACUUAAUCUUGAUAUGGGGCAAGAUUUGUUAAUUUGAAUCAUAGGUGUUUAUCAGACGAGCUCUUAAAGAGGUACUAUUCCAGUGUGACUCCUCUAGCUGCCUCCUGUUGCA